ACGUCAGUAGGACGCGAGAAGGUUUUGUGGAAGAAGGAGCUGGCUGUUGCAGUCCUUUUACUACCAAGUACCAAACCUGAGAAAACAGAAACAAAUAUCUUGUCAGCAGAUAAGUGCGUGUAAACAAGUUUUUAUCACCUUGGCAACCACGAUGAACCAGACCCCCCAGAGAGUUCCCUUUCCGGUGUUUUUCACCCAACCCCCUCCAGCAUAUUUUGCUGAAAGGUACCAUCACAAGGCUGGUGUUAGCCUUGGUGUGGCACAGUUGGUAUUUGGGGUGAACUGUUUUAUCCUUGGAAUCGUGUAUGUUGCCUGGCCGCCUGCCGCGUUCCUCAGCCUUACCAACAGAGCCAGUGGAGCCGGGAUAUGGUGUGGGAUUUUGUUCAUAGUAACUGGAGUGCUGGGAAUUCUGACGAAAAAUAGGGACAAAAGGCUUAUCAUCGCAUAUAUGAUCAUGUCUAUAAUAUCAGUUGUUUUUGCUUGGACUGCAUUGAUAAGUGUAUCUGCUGUUGACGUCACUGCGAGUGCCAUAGGAAACCAAGUCAGCUUGAGCAACGGUUUUAUCACAUUUGGAUCUUUGAUAAAUUUCGGUUACAUCAGCGUUGGACUGUCUGGGUAUAUGGUUUUCCUGUCCGUUGUAGAGGGGAUUAUAGCAAUUAUUGCAUCAGCCUUUUGUUGCCAUGGCGUCUGUUGCGGUGCUCAGCCUUCCACCCCGGGAACUGUGGCUUAUGCAGAACCCAACAUUGGACAAAAUGCUAUGGCUUACGUGGCACCGGCUCAGCAAGUACCAAAUGUGCACUACCCAGGGGUUGGAGGAUACUAUCCACAGCACCAACAAUGGCCGCAGGGGGGCGCCACGGGACAGAUGGAUGAACAUAUGCCACAGAAGCUGUAAUGGCCGGAGCAUAUUUGCCAAAGUUACCAAUACAUUUUUAGUGUUUGUUGUAGUUGGCUGAUGGCCAUACGGUGUCUUUCUGCUUCAUCUCUUGUGAGUCAAUUAGAUAUAUACACGUGUAGGUAGUAUAGAUGGAUAGAUAGAUAGCUGCUUAUCAUCAAAUGCGCCACUGCUGCGCAAACAGUUUUAGAUAUAUAUAUAGUAUUGUCUGCUAAACCUAAGAUAUGCCAGCUUGUUCUACGCCCGGCUAAUACAGGUGUUGCAAAGAACUCAGAUGACGCUUAACUAUUGCAAUUUUUUAUAAGCUGAGAUAUGUGUAACAUUUCCAGGGUCAGAAGUUUUGCUUGCCAUUUUGCACUGCGUUUUUCUUUUACUUUUGAGUUGCUGAUAGGCAACAUUCAACGUAAGUUCUUUUGUGAGUUUAGGGAUUGGAGUAUGGUGUGGUUUUACUUAUACAGAAGAGUGUGUAUUUUCAUGAGGAACAAGUACAUACUUCUAGUCGAGAAACUUCUUUUAUGAACAGCUGGUGAUGCUUAUUUUGAAUAUUGUAAGUUUAAAAUAGAGAAAAUAUACUUUUGAUGAAAAUUUUGUUUCCCAAGGAAGUAACAUCGGUCAGUUGUAACUUGAUCUAUUACAAUUUAGACUCCAAUAAAUUUACGACUUUCUGGUGACCAGACCGAAUUUUGUGAAACUAUAUGCCCUGAAGUGUUAUGGUGCUUUGCGUAUAUAGGAGUAUACAUUUGCAUUGUACACUUUCGUGUGGAAGGCAAUGCUUUUAAUCUGUAAAAUGCAUUUGAUGACCGGUGGUGCCACGGAUACCAGGGGUAUGACUUACUGGUGAAGUUCAUAAUACAUGACUACAGGGUAAAUUAAUGUUAAAAAUCAGUUCGCCAGAGGCAUAUCAUAGGUUAGUUGUUGCUGGUACGUUUGGAUAUAUAUGUGACAAAAUUGAGAUAUUUCAAGAGCUUUCAUAUUGGUACAUGUAUGUAUACCUGAAUGCUAAAUGUACUACACGGUAUGAUGCCGUGAGUAUGAUGUAGUCCGCGUAUUGGCCAAGUGGUGUCUUGCUUUAGCUUAUGAACAAUUCUUUUUUGGUAUAUAGUUUUAUUGCAUUUACCAUUUUUAGAUAUUAGUACAAUUUUUAUCCUAAAACGUUUUUAGAGUACUGUACAGCUACAAAUAAGUUAAACUUAUAAAAUCAGAUAUAAAUGGUGUUUUUUUAGAAAGCUAAACUAAACUCCCAAACCCAGAUGGAACAUUCACAUAUUUGGAAUGCCUAAAAAGAUAUUUGGCUUAACAUGUUGAAACAUCUCUUCUGAAUAAAAUUCUUGUUGAUUUUGAUAAAUG